AUGCCGAAACGGACUCUUUUCACCAACAUCACCCCUCUUCCUCCUCAAGUCUCGCGCGAGGUCGCGAUAGCCAUGCUGCAUAAUCACGAUGAGAUGAUCGAACUGAAUCCGCUGGUAAUCGAGCAUCACCCGAUCAAAACACCUCGCGAUGCGCCCGCCGACGAGUUCCUCGACUGUGCCUGGCAGGAGCUGACGGACAAGAUCCAUUACUUGCCCGGCGGGUUGGUCAAGGGGAAAGUGAGCUACAAGGCCUGCUUCCACGACACGCCGUACGGUCUACAAACACACAUCUACGCGCCCAUGGGACUUGACAUUCGGGAAAAAUGGUCUAUUGGGGGUUCCUUGCCCGGUGAACCCCCAGAGCCGCGAGAACUAGGAGUAGAUGUGCCCAGACAGGGUCUUUAUCUGCGGGAAGAUGGCGACAUGAGGUGCAAUCUCCUGUUGACGUCGUUUGUGCGCAAGAACCUGGAUAAUGCGCACAAGGUGUUGGUGGAACGGAUCCUGAAAAAGGCCGAGCGUGUAGAGGAACAUACUCGUGCCACGGGAGAAUAUCCCAUGACUCCUACGAGUCCCCGGUUUCAGCCAGGUUCGCACAUGGCCAAAUCUCAACUCCUCACCUCGCCUGGACUCACCUCGCCGGGACUUGCACCGCAGAUGUUGUCGCCGCAGCAGGAGGCGACCUGGCAAACAAUGGCCGGCCACCCGGCGUUCCGGACGGAUGACAAGCGGUUCAGCACAAUGAGUCUUCCGCCAUACCAAGCUUACCACCAGCAGCACAUGAGCUACUACGCUCCUGCCCAACAGCAGCAGCAACAACAACAACAACUACAACCAGGGGCACCUACCAAACAGUUUGUGGCCGAGUUACCUGGCUCGACGAUCCAUGCCGGUCAUCUAGCUCCGCCAGCACAAAAAAGUCCGUCGCUUGGCGAUAAUCGAAUGAGCAUGGUGUCGGAGUUGUCUGGGUCGGACGGCACGGCUAGGGGGUCUCCAAAUCCACAGGCACUAUCGGAUCGGUCGAGUAUGACUUCGGAUCUGCCCAGUCCAUAUAAACGUUACUUGGAGGAUAAGGAGAGAGAGAAUGCGCCGGAAGGGAACCAGUCGGUCUCGGACCGUACGAGUUUGCUCUCGGAAAUGCCUUCGAGGCCCGCAAGAUAG